AUCUAUUAAGUUUAUUUCUUAUUGAAGGCCUACCUAAAUUGUAGUAAUGUGGGACGAUCUCUUUCGGGCUGCAGCCGGCGAGGACGACAUCGCUGAACCGAUGGUUCCGACGAGAUUGGAAGCGCAACGGAAUCCAAGAAAGCACGAGGCAUCCACUAGCGCGGAACGAAAUCCCAAGAGAAAGAAGAAAAGAGCGAGGCACAGGAAUCGUGGGAAAUCUUCGCAAUCGGCCCUGGAACGAGUACUCGAGUCGCGGACCGACCCGAUUGGUGAGCAGAUUUGGUCCAGACUUCCUGCCUGGUUGGUGCCAGGUUCUUCCUUGCGCGGUUCUGCAUAUUGUGGUCAAUGGGAUCAAGAAGCCGAUUGUUCGCUGGAUGCCAAAUGUAAAAAAUGUAAGGAGACCCUGCUGCAUCAUUCUGUUGAACUUUCGUCUUCGACAGAGCAAACUAGUGCCGGGGAGGUACUAACAGCAUUCUCGUUGGUGCGAGAUAUCAGGUGCUGUUGCUCCUGUAUUCUGAACGAAUCCUACGGAUGUAACGACCAAAACAAGUGCAUAAAAUCUGAGCUCGAUGUGUUUGCUAUUACUGCAUUGAAGAAAUCGGAUCAUCUAGACAUUGUAGUGUCGUCUGUCCUUGAUCCAGGAGAAGCAGAUAUCCUGAUUGGAAAAAUUGACAACAUAAAAAAUGCCGCAAUAAAGUUGAGCAAAAAGAUGAAGCACUGGAACGUGGGGAGUCAGAUAAAGAAUAGCAAAUUCAAGCUGAGGGGCAUCUUUAAUGAAGUGAUAAAGCUGAUAAUCCAUUGCGACGCGGCUUACUUUCGUUUAUACUAUCUUCAAAAUUCKGGCAAUUUACCGAUCGAGAAAGAGGAAGUUUACAUACCCCACCCUCCCACAUAUUUUGGGUCGAAGAAUGUGGCUUGGAAUGUUUUUGACUCUACAACAGGUCUCGCAGACACAAUGAGGAAGAAAUAUGGCCAGAUCAGUGAUGAGAGAUGGGAUAUAUUGAUGCAAGAGUUGGGAAUAUCUCGAUCAUCACAGGAGCUAGAUCCGCUCUCGUUCAUGCACAAAAAUCGACUUUCAGAAUCUAUUUUUAUAUUCCACAAUUCGUCUUGGAUUCAUUCCAAAGAAACAAAACUGCACUACACGGAGUCAAUGAAACAAAGAUCGAAGUUUCUAGACCGAGAAAGUGCGUUUUAUUCAAUACACGAAACUCCGGCGCCUGACAUUGUAAAGGAAUGGAGAGAUUCGUGUCGCGAUCUACUGUGUAAUUUAUACGCUUACGCAACAAUUUCUCCGAGAAUGAUCUAUGAUACCAAGGGAGUUCUUCGGAAAGAGGCAUUCGCAUGUAAAAGCCUUAUAGAAAUGGGUGCUGGAACUGGCUAUAUUGCUAAUUUGUUUGUCAAAGCGGACUUUAGUGUAAAAGCAUUCGAUGUCGCACCCACCAAUGGAGAUAAUGUCCAGAACAGAAAUUCCGAUGUCUCUAACGAAUACCAUGGUUCAUCACCACCUUUUUGCCGCGUAGAAUACGCAGAUUCAAAGAGCCUUCGAUUGGAUACAAAAGAUACCGCACUCCUUUUGUCCUACCCGCCUCCAUUGUCGACUAUGGCCGAAGAUUCACUAAAAUCUUUUGUAAAACAGGGAGGGAGAAUAAUCAUCCAUGUUGGUGAGUUUUCUGGUCUGACAGGAUCAUCAAAAUUCGAAAGCUUCCUGGGCCGCCGAUUCGAUCUGAAGUAUCGAACACCAUGUUUGAACUGGGGUUCGGAUGCGGCGGAACUCACCAUCUGGAUAAAAUGCGACACCGAAAAGAAGUCGUUCCCGUCUUCUCUAGUGCGAUGCUCAUGGUGCAAGAAACCAAGUGCAACGGCGCGAUACAGAUUGUGUCGCCCGCUGUCGUACUGUCAAUAUUCUUGCUUCCGAGCCCACCAGGAGGAGAGGGGAGUGCAUUUUGCUUUUACCAUGAUUCCUGACGCUAUCAAUGCAAACGAUCUGACACCUCCGGGUGCAUUCGAGAGAAAACCUUAUUUUGAAUCGCUUCCGUGCAAAUGCGACUUCUAGAUAACUUUUGCAAGGGGGCAUUGGUGUGUAAUAAGCAUUUGGUUGGAAUCAGAAAAGUCGAAGACUACCGCGUGUCUGCCUCAUGAUAUUGCUUCAAGUCUGGGAAAGCCUACAUUAGUUUAUAGUAGUAUUCACCCUAUUGUACGGUCGGAGAAAUUAAAGUUUAUCGUUACAAACAAUGGUGAAUACCAUUGCGUGAGACUAGAAAGCCUUUUUCACCAUUCGGGUCUCCGCAUCAUACAUUCAUGCAGCUUUUUUACCUGGCGUAGUUUUGGAGAGGGUGUGAUGAUUCAUUAUUGAUGGUAAAAAUACUACGAAGCCAGUUAAUCGUAGUAGAGUAAAAACACCUAGAGCAACAAACACUCCGUUGAUACCCCAACUUUGCGGAAAGAAUUGUAAGCAUCCGAUAUACCCAAUCGACGCAACAAUAAGAACAGUUGAUGCUAGGGUAAACUUUCCGUCCCCUACCAUGAUUCCCUCGCCGACGCUGACCAUACCUUGAAUACCUUGAGUAACAACAACAACCAAGAUGGGGAAGAAUGCGGCUUCACGUACUUCGACCACGGGUGUUGACCUAAGAAUGAAUGGUAUGAGAGCCGCUUGGAUGCAACUGAUAGCUGUUCCUACCCCAAAUCCUCUUGUCAAUAAGCGUUUGAUCAAAGUUUUGACGAAGACUCUUCUCUCUUGUUCCUCACAUUUUGCAACAGAGCUUGGAUAGAGGGUUUGGGUAGACAUUCCCAAGGCCCAGAUAAGGACUCCUCCGGUGAAGAAAGUUUGCAUCGCUAAAGUAAAGGCAGCUGGAGCCACCCCAGUAUCGUCUAGCGACUGAAUCUUUCUCGCAACCAUUAGAUUUAUGAAUUGCAUGGCAAAACUUCUUGCCUGCAGAGGUGUUCCCUUCAGAAUUGGAGACAUCUCUUUCCAUGAUGGAAGUCUCAACAAUUUUUUCCCGGCAAAAAAACCCUUGCUCGCCAUUAGUUCCAUGUACAGUAUAGCAGCGAUGCUAUCACAAACAAACGCAGAAAUAGCUGAUCCUAAAAUUCCAAACUUGAACGUAUGAAUCAAUAGCGGGGUCAACA